UGAACUCGAAGAGUGCGAAGAUUCGACCAGAAUUGAAGAUAAGCAAAAGAAAAGGAUAGGCAGAAGGAACAAGGAGCUCGCGAAGGUGAAGAUGGUAACGUGAAGAGGCGGGAUCAAAGGAGCAGUACAAAGUGAUAGAAAAUUGUUGAACGAUGGAAAUAAGCUCGAUGACGACGACGGUCGCUCACGAUUAUUACGAUGUUGGUGUAUUCACGCAAAACUUCAGCAACACCAAUAACAGCGGUAACGACGAGCAGCAGUUCGAAUGUAUGCUGCCGGUCAAUACCAACGGCCUGGCCGUCUUCGUUAUUUAUGGCAUAUUCGCCAACCUGAUCGGUCUCUUUGGGAUUUUUGGCAACACGAUCUCGAUGAUCAUCCUGUCGCGGCCGCAGAUGAAGUCGUCCAUCAAUUAUCUACUGAUUGGACUGGCCAGAUGUGACACGGUACUGAUCAUCAUUGCGGUAUUAAUCUAUGGAUUACCGGCAAUCUACACGUACACGGGCGCGCUAUUCGACUAUAAGUUCAUCGUCUAUCCGAAGACCAUCAAGUACCUGUAUCCUCUGUCUUGCAUAGCGCAAUUUGUGACGGUGUAUCUGACGUUAACGGUGACUUUAGAAAGAUACAUCGCGGUCUGUCAUCCGCUAAAAGCCAGAUCCUUCUGCACUUACGGACGGGCACAAGUGGCGGUGCUGGUCAUAGUCACCGUCGCCGUUAUUUACAAUCUACCUAAAUUCUGGGAAAUCGAAGUGUUCAACGAGAGGCACUGGAAGUAUAAUGUCACGGUGUACUGCGUUAAACCAACCGAAUUGAGGAGCAACGAGCAUUAUGUCACCCUGUACAUCAAUUGGAUGUACUUCUUCGUGUACUACAUGUUCCCGUUCAUCACAUUGGUAAUUUUCAAUACGGCCAUUUAUCGACGGGCGUACGUCGGUUUUCAGGUGAGAAAGGCGAACAGAGACCUGCAGCAGCUGUCACGUCACCAACGUCGCGAGAUCGGCUUAGCGACGAUGUUGAUGUGCGUGGUGAUCGUGUUCCUGAUCUGCAACAUCCUGCCGAUGAUCACGAACGCGCACGAGACGUUCGUCGGGGAUCCGCCGGAGUUGAUGGUGCAGAUCGGCAAUCUGCUGGUGACCAUCAACAGCAGCAUCAACUUCAUUAUCUACGUCAUCUUCGGCCGGAAGUUCAAGAGGAUAUUCCUCAAGCUCUUUUGCUCGUCCAAGCUGUUCGUGCCCGGUCGGGACAGUCCGGAGUUCCAGACGUACGACGAAUCGAUUGUCACCAAUACGACGAACAUCGAGCUGAGAAACUCAGUCAGGCACGGCCAUCUCAAUCGCGCCAACACCGUCAGCUGGAACAACAACAUCCACGGAACAACGAUAUCCAACGGCGGCACCAGGCAGCAGAGCCUGAAGAGCGGCAGACCAGUCAGCCCCGGCUCCUGCGUUUAUUAUCCGGGCAAGAAUCUGACGCGAAGUCCUAGUCAGAUGUCGAGAACGUCGAACAGUCGGAACAAUUGGAACAGAAGGGAGAACGGCGAUUCCACCCUGUAAUGGACAACCGUACCUCGCGCUUAUUAUGCAAUUAAAAGUCUGCUAAGUGUUUUAAUCAAACGUCAAAAACUGAUUUUAGAAGCAGUGGAAAAAAAAGUAAAAUGACAAUUUCAAUGCCAAUGGACGACAAAUGCUAGUCCUUUGAUAUGUUAUCUUGCGAGAAAUCAACGGUGUGUCUUAAUUGCUGGCCGAGAUCUUUGGUUGAUCAGAACUGAUGGAACAAAAGAAUGAUUAGCUUUAUGUUCUAUAAUAUGUACAUAUUAUAGCUUGCUGCGUUUUCUGGUCUGUGAAUUUGAUGAGUGAUCCAAUUAAAAGAAUGUCAAAAAGGACCAAAGCGAUGUAAAAGAUAAUCAGUAUUAUUAUCUAAUGUUUUUGGAUUAUUUAAAAUAUCAUCCAGUCGAAAUUGAAGCAAAAAGACAUUCGGAAGAAGCAAGACGGACAAUAGCUAGACUAUUUUAUGUCGUAAUAGAUAAUAAUUAAUAAUCAAUGGAAUUAUUCUUUAUCUUCAUUAUUCAAUCAAGAAUCCUGCUGAAUUCUAUAGCAGGGUAUUACGACAAUCCGCAAAAGAAAAGAUAGAAUAAGAAUGAAGAUAGAAGAAGAAUGAUCAAUGAUGCGAAUCGAUAUUAACGCUUUCGUAUACGUUCCCGCGGUAUACGUUUCCACGGUUAGCAGUUCCAACGUCCAGGACAUCAGAAUGGAUGGAGAGGUGUAAAGAUAAGAUGGGGCGAUUCAGCGCUGCAGUGGACAAUCGAUAUUAUUGUACCCUUGGGAAGAGCUCGGACCAAUCCUUACGCUCGAACGUGGUAAUCCUGCGGGAUGGCACGGCUUCGAUAUAAAGGAAAAGAAUCGUUAAGAAUAACAGUUAUCGCAUUUCCUAUCGCAGAAGAGCUCAGAAAGACCUAAGUCUGCUUGCAACGAUGAUCUUUCAAGCGAUCCGAAAGUUCAAUCUUGCUUCGGGGCGAUCUAGUCGAAUGUUAAAGAAAGAAACUGAUGCUAAAUCCUAUAGCGCCGCCGUUUUGAAUACUUUAAGUUAAGCAGCCGCUUGAAUACGCUAGUCACUCGUGCUUAGUGCUUCUGUCAUCCUCGAACAUGAGUUUUCUUAUUGUAUGUCAAAGACGCAUAUAGCGACAUUGACUUGAUAGAUUAACAUAAGCGUAAAUUGAUAGAUUAAGCAAAAACAUUUUCCUUUUUCGUGAUAAAAGACGUUAGGUAUACCAAACGAAAUAUCUUAUCAAAAUUGAAGCGAACUCGCGAUAGAAGUAAAUCAAAAAUAAAAAUACGUAUCACAGUUCUAAAUUUUACCAAAAUAAUAUAUUGUAUAAGGAAAAUUUGCAAAUUUUUCUUUUCAGAACUCUCGGAUUUUAUCUAUCACAAAUUCUUAAUUUUUAGUAUUAAAUAUCUUGACAAUUAAAAAAUUGUACUAAAUGUCUAAUAAAUUUUAAAAAAUGUUGCUGUUAUAUAUAUAUAAAUAAAUAUAUGUAAACAUAUUUAUUAGAAUAAGGAUAACAACCUCUCGCAAGAAGGCAGGAAUCUCUAUCAAAUUAUAUUAUAAUUCCACAAUAAUCUUAAAUCUUAUUUUGCUUUAAUUCUUGAAACAAAGAAAAGCAAAAUGAAAUUUUAUGAACAACUUAUAUGGCUAUGUUUCAAAUGAAAUGUAAUACAAACAGAUUAUUUAUACUUUUGAUAAGAAUUUAAAACAGAAGCAUCAGACACAUAUUUUCUUGAAGCUCACAUAUUUUCUAUCCUCUCCGAGCUACGCAACAAAAUUUGCUUGGAGAAAAGAUACAAAAAUUUAAUCAACAUUAAUAAAGAGCGAGAUUUCAGGGUUUUUUUCAUAACGUAAUAUCUUAAUUUAGUCAAAUUCUUUAAUUUUCAGUCUUGAAAUACUCUUAAAUCGUUUCUCGCCAUAAUCCCAAUUUCAUUUAAUUUAAUUCUUCGCUAUCUAGUGCUUAAAAGCACGUCCUUUUUCUAAGCAUCCUUGAUAUAUUACGCAAAAACUUAUAAAACUUAGAUGAACAUGAUAAAAAAAAUCUUGUAAGCGAGAUAAGCCAACAAAAGGUUUCAAGACCGGAAGUCAAACUUCAUUGGAGAAGUGUUACGCUCCUACAGUGUAACCUUGAAAAAAAAUUUUGAAAGUGAUCCGCUAACUCGGACUCGGAGAACGUUUCGCGAACUUUGAGCAUGUCAGUCACGUACUAAAGCUCUCCGGGGAAAAUAAAUCGAAUUUCAAAGUCAGAAGUACAGAACCCAAUAGUGCGACAUUCCCACGGGGAGAACUUUUGUCCUGGCAGCGGAGAAUCCUGUAUCUUGCAUUCUCGAACUAUUGCUCUUUGAAACUUGAAUACUGAUCAACCUCAACCGACAGUCAAACAGUGACGAAGAAAGAUGUUCCCAUUAUUGAAAUCCCAAGACAAAAAAAAUGCUGCUUCUAAAUGCCACUUUGAAGAAAACUCAAUUUAAUUUAAAAAA